AUGUGGCUGUGGGCUCUGCUCCCCAUCAGCCUGGCUCUCGUCGGCACAGCGGGCAUUUGGAGUGUGUUUGUUAUAGCUGUAGCAAAUGGAUCAGUCAACCUCACCGAAGGAUUCCCUUAUAUCAGUGAGUGUGGCACCUACAACCCUCAGAGCUGCCUCUUCUCCCAGAUCUGCAACGUCUGCUCUGUUUUAGCCGUGUGGAUCGUGGUGAUCCGUUUCCAGCAGGUGAGGGAUUUUGGUGACCAUGGAACCGCCAACAUUCUCAGCAUUGUUUGGGGAUUCAUCGCUUGUAUAGGGAUCUCUGUCCUUGGCAACUUCCAGCAAUCCGUCUUGAUGGGCGUUCAUCUUUUUGGAGCGUUCCUGACUUUCUUCGUGGGCUUGGCCUACUUCUGGCUACAGCUGUAUCUAACUUAUCGGGCUCGGCCGUCUCGGGGAGGGUGCUGCAUUGGGCCUAUCAGGGCGAUCUGCUGCGCCCUCUGUACCAUCCUGGUCAUCUUUAUGGCUGUUCUCCACAACGUGGGCUAUCGAUCCGCGGCUGCCGUGUGUGAGUGGGCCUUGGUCAUGGUCUUCUUCUGCCUGUUUGGCCUUUUUGCGGCUGAGUUCAGACACAUCGACUUCCACCGGCUCACUGUACAGAAACAGGGUCUUAAGAGUGACCGCCCUACCUCAAUAGAAAUUAAUGGUCAUGCUGCAAACGCACUUAGAUGAACGUGCACGCAUGAACAUACGGGUGACACACUGUCUUUAGGGAUGUGAGCCAAGCAAACAAGUGAAAUGUGAGUAUUUUGUCCUUCUUGAUUUAAUAACUUCCUUUUUAUAUUUUUUGGAACAUGCUCAGUGGAGUUUGGGUGCAGCACUCAACCGAGAACCUCCUUUAAUUGUCUUUAACAUAGGCACAAUGCCUGUGCACUAG